UUUGUGUCGCCGUGGCGGGAGAUUCACGCGUUGUCCGGUUCAUGUUUUGUUUAUGUAUUUUUUUUUUUAGAAUUUAGUUUGUAUUUUUACUAACUUUUAGUAGGUUUAUGCAAUUUUAGUGAUUUGAGAAUUUAAUAAUAAUAAUAAUAAUAAUAACGAUGGAAGCGAAACAAAACGGUUCUGUUCACGCGAGCGCUGCUGAAAAUAAGCCAAACAGCGAGGUGCACGUGAAACAAAAUGGCCAUCAUGGACCAGCCGAGAGAUUCCGCUUCACCCAGAAGCCCAGUCUGGAGGACAUCCGGCAGAUGCAGGCCGAGUUCACGGACGAGCGCGACUGGAAUCAGUUCCACCAGCCCCGCAACCUGCUGCUCGCUCUGGUCGGGGAGGUGGGCGAGGUGUCCGAGCUGUUCCAGUGGCGCGGAGAGGUGGCGGAAGGGUUACCGGGCUGGACCGAGGCCGAGCGCGAGCACUUGGCUCAGGAGCUCAGCGACGUGCUCAUCUACCUGGUGGAGCUCGCCGAGAAGUGCUGCGUGGACCUGCCGCAAGCCGUGCUGCGCAAGAUGGCCCUCAACCGGCUCAAAUACCCGGCCAGCAAAGUGCAGGGGUCUGCCAAGAAGUACACCGAGUAUCAGGAGUGAAGCCAUGCUGCACAGGUUCCCGACCCUGGUCCUGGAGAGAUCAGCAGAUGCUCCAGAAAGGGGGGGAGAAACUAAAACAAGGAGUUUUGAUCACCAAGCAGUACAAGACCCUCAGUGGUUCUUUGAGUGGAGUGGCUCGCUUUCUCCAGAAAUGAUCUAAUUUUGUCAUCCAGCACCCAGUACCAGUUCUGAACCUUCCUGAUCUCCAUCUCUACACCCAGUACCAGUUCUGAGCCUUCCUGAUCUCCAUCUCUACACACAGUACCAGUUCUGAACCUUCCUGAUCUCCAUCUCUACACCCAGUACCAGUUCUGAACCUCCUAAUCUCCAUCUCUACACCCAGUACCAGUUCUGAACCUCCUGAUCUCCAUCUCUACACCCAGUACCAGUUCUGAACCUUCCUGAUCUCCAUCUCUACACACAGUACCAGUUCUGAACCUUCCUGAUCUCCAUCUCUACACACAGUACCAGUUCUGAACCUCCUGAUCUCCAUCUCUACACCCAGUACCAGUUCUGAACCUCCUAAUCUCCAUCUCUACACACAGUACCAGUUCUGAACCUCCUAAUCUCCAUCUUUACACACAGUACCAGCACUGAACCUCCUGAUCUCCAUCUCUCCACCCAGUACCAGUUCUGAACCUUCCUGAUCUCCAUCUCUACACCCAGUACCAGUUCUGAACCUUCCUGAUCUCCAUCUCUACACACAGUACCAGUUCUGAACCUCCUGAUCUCCAUCUCUACACCCAGUACCAGUUCUGAACCUCCUGAUCUCCAUCUCUACACACAGUACCAGUUCUGAACCUUCCUAAUCUCCAUCUCUACACACAGUACCAGUUCUGAACCUCCUGAUCUCCAUCUCUACACCCAGUACCAGUUCUGAACCUCCUGAUCUCCAUCUCUACACCCAGUACCAGUUCUGAACCUCCUAAUCUCCAUCUCUACACACAGUACCAGUUCUGAACCUCCUAAUCUCCAUCUUUACACACAGUACCAGCACUGAACCUCCUGAUCUCCAUCUCUCCACCCAGUACCAGUUCUGAACCUCCUGAUCUCCAUCUCUACACACAGUACCAGCACUGAACCUUCCUGAUCUCCAUCAUUGAUUGAGAGAACCUUCUCUCCAGACAUGAUUGGUUUGAUGACAAAGUGCACAGAGUACAUGUACUGAGCAAAUGUUUAGUGACUCUAGACACUAUUAGAUCAGAUUACAUAUUACUAUUUAGAUUGGAUCGACUGAUCAAAUAGGUCAGGUUUAAUUAGUUUUAAAAGAAGGAAGAUGCCUAUGAUUUUGGUGUCUAAGUCCAGACUUGAUUUGAUUGUUACUCGGUCAGUUCUGUAAGCACAAUCAGUUGUUCGAUUUUCAGAAAUUUAUUUCUUUGUCAUACCGUUUAUUGUUGAUCAUUAAUGCUCUUAUUUUUAUUUACAUUUUAUUCUGAAAAUGGAGUGUGUGGGUUUUUAUUAGCAUCAAAACUGCUGUGUAAAUUAGCCCAGUCACAAAGCUGUGUGUGUGUGUGUGUGUGUGUGUGUGUGUGUACGCACGUGUGUGUUUUUUCUAUUUAAAGUGCGACACUGUGUUCUCCUUACACGUGUUUUAAGGUCUUUUUGGAGUAAAUGCAGUCUUUUGCCCUCAACUCCCUGUGUCUUUUUUUUUUUUUGUUUUUUUUUUUUGUUUGUUUUUUUUUUUUUUUUUUUUGGAGCAUGUUUCUUCACACACUGCAUCUCACUUGUUUGACGGGUUGUAAUAAAAGCGUAAUGAGGCCGGUGUGUGAAAUGUGCUGCUCAUGUGACAUGUUAAUGAUCGCUUCCAUUUAAAACGGUUAGAUAUCGACCUCCUCAGUUAGAGACUUUAAAGUGAUGCUUUACUCCUAUUUUUCUGUUUCGACUCCAUUUCAUUUGUAUAGUGAUAUUGAUAUUUACACUGUACGUCAUCACCGCAUGUUUCAGUUCCACAUUUUGUAAUUCAACAUUAUAGUAAUUAAAAUUCAUCAUCUCAAA